GGUGGUGGGCAGUUCGCGAUCAAAACAAUCAGCUGCGGAAGAAGUGAAAAAUCCGCGGAGCUACAAAAAUGUACUCGCAUCUUUCCGGUGGUCGCGUUAAUGUGCAGCUACUGCAGGAAGCUGCUGUACGCGAAUUCGUGGACAUUCUGGAUUGCUGCGAGGGAGCUAAGGCUAUCAUUUGGGAUGAAUCACUGGGUGGACCGGUGGGACUGGUGGCGCGAUACACUUUCCUGAAGGAGCACCAUGUCACGAAGAUGUACCCGUUGCGGCCGGAACCGUGGACGGAAAUUGAUGUGAAAAACAUCAUCUUCAUCACCCGCCCCAAUCAGCUACUGAUGGAUUACAUUGCGGCCAACAUUCAUGCGGAAGAAAAAAAGAAAAAAGUUUCUCGUAAAGAGUAUUUCCUGUACUUUCUGCCGAAGAAAUCCUUCCUCUGCGAGAAGCGGCUGCAGGUGAAGGGUGUGCACGGGAGCCUAUCGGUGAUCGGAGAGUUUAAGUGUGAUUUCUUCCCCUUCGAUAACGAUCUACUGUCGAUGGAGCUGAAAGAUGCCUACAAGGAGCUGUACAUCGAGGGCGACACAAGCUGCCUUCAUCAGUCGGCCUGCGCCCUGAUCGGACUUCAGAAACUGUACGGACGCAUUCCGAAGGUGUACGGCAAGGGCAGCUAUGCGCAGCGUGUCUGGGAUAUAACGAAAGCAAUGGCAGAAGAGGAUAGCGAAGCGUUGAACAACGAUAAAGGUGUAAUCGAUCAGAUGAUCAUACUCGACCGAUCGGUUGAUCUGAUGAGCGUUCUAGCGACACAGCUCACAUACGAAGGACUAAUUGAUGAGAUCUACGGAAUCAACAACACCACCGUAAACCUACCAGCGGAGAAAUUUAACACCACCGAGGGACUGUCCACGGAUCGCAACACAGAAAAGAGUCAGUUCAUUCUCAACUCAAAGGAGCAAAUCUUCGCCGAGCUCCGUGAUAAGAAUUUCAACGCAGUCGGGGUAGUUCUGUCGCGCCAUGCCAAAUCGAUUCGAUCACGGGCCAACGAGAAGCAUAGCGACAUGUCGAUCCAGGAGUUAAAAAAGCUCGUCGAAGGUCUACCGCACAUCAAAGCGAAGGAACAGUCCCUUUCGACGCAUACUACGAUUGCCGAGCUGGUGAAGAAUGUGAUCUCGUCCGAUGAUUUUCUGGAUGAACUGGGAUGCGAGCAGGAGUUCAUGAUGUGCUCGGAUGUGGACAAACCGAACAGCUUCAUCGAAGAUCUGAUCGCCAAAGAGGCUCCGUUGCGUAGCGUGUUGCGUUUGAUGUGCAUGCAAUCGAUCGCCGGUUCGGGACUGAAGCCGAAAGUGCUGGAUUACUACAAGCGUGAGCUGGUGCAGGUGUACGGACUGCAGACACUGUUAACGAUUGGCAAUCUAGAAAAGGCUGGCUUACUACGGGCUCAGACUGGCCAGCGAACGUAUCAUGUCCUAAGGAAGACACUCAAUCUAACGGCUGAAACUCCUGAGGAGGUAUCGCCCAAAGACAUAACAUACGUGCACAGCAUCUACGCCCCGCUAUCCGUGCGUAUCGUUGAGCAACACCUGAAACCGAACGGAUGGCAAAUGCUAACGGAAAAACUGUCCUCACUGCCAGGACCAACGUUUGAAGAUUUUCAAAGCUCCGCCAGUUUGAGCACUCGCCGAGGGUCCUUUACUAGCGAGAUAUCCCAGUCCGACAUUCCCCGUGUGAUCGUGGUGUUCUUCAUUGGCGGCUGCACGUUUGCGGAGAUUUCGGCUUUACGCUUUCUCUCGCAGCAGGACGACAACAACGUGGAGUUUGUCAUUUGCACCACCAAGUUGGUGAACAAAAAUACGUUCCUGGAUGCGUUUAUUGAAAAUUAAAGUUAAUUAAACCCUUAAUAAAUAACUGUAUAACCU